UCAAGUCAACCACAAAGAGGGAUGCAUCUUCAGCACAACAAAUUCACAGGGUCGCAUUACCACAGCCCGAUGCCACUGCCAUUUGUUUGCAUCAGAUACCACGUGAUAGGUACACAGAUUCCAAGUCCAUUAAGAUGGAUGUAUUUUCAACACAACAAAUUCGUAAGGUCCCAUUACCGCAGCUGUAACCUUCUCGUGACUCCCACACCUGACUCUCCUGUCAACUACACAAAUGCUUAUGGACAAUGGCUUUCCCUCCAAGUCUCAAGGUCAAGCUUCCUACCUCCGUAUAUGUAUACGAACCCUCAACGACCAGAUUGGAUUUGUCGUAAUGGACUUCUUACUCCGCGAUGUAUCGGAACUCAAGGACUGGAGUGGACUAGUCUGGAUCCCCUUCCUUACUCCGCGUAAUCUCAAGAACUAGCCCGUGAAGAUACGGAGUAAAAUAGGUCUUCAGCAACCCAUGCUUGCCUUAUAAGGCGGCUAUGCUUGCCAUAAGAGGCGAGUAACGGGUGGUCAGGCUCGCUGACUU